AUGGGAAAAAAAACUAAGAAGGGAGACAAAGCUGGUGGAGACUUUUGGGAUACCGAUGAGGCAGAUAUUGAUACGCCUCAACCUGAAGAAUUUGGUCUGGCUCAGGCUGCUGACGGUAUAAACUCAUCUGAAGCUUCAACGCCCGCUCCAGAAGCUGCUCUGGCAGAUGAAGUAUCGGGAGAUUUUUUGAGUUCAAUAAGAAGUUCCAAAAAAAAGAAGGAAGACAAAGAGGUGGAAGAGAAGAGUAAGGCUAAGGAUGGUCCUAAAGUUUUGUCCAAAAAAGAAAAAGAAAAAUUGAAGAAGGAAGCGGAAAAGCAAAAAAAGAAAGAAUUGGCUAACAAGAAAAAAGCACAACAAGCAAGUAAGAAGGAGCAGAUCAAGGAAGCUAACAAGCAAAAUGCGGCUGCUGCAGUAUCAUCACCUUCGGCCACUCCAGAGCCAGAAGGGUCUAAUGAUGAUGAAAAAGCCAAAUCAACUGCUAAAAAAGGUGGCAAAAAGGUCCCUGCUGGUCUUGCAGCUUUAAGACGUCAGUUAGAAUUGAAGAAACAAGCUGAAGAGGAACAGCGUCGUAUUGACGAAGAAGAUGAACAGCGCCGCUUGGAGGAAGAAAAGAAAGCAAUUGAAUUAGAAGAAGAGAGAGAAGCCGCUAGGGCUGCAAAGAGAGAGAAAGACAGACUCAAAAAGGAACAAUUAAAAGCUGAAGGAAAGCUAUUGACCAAAAAACAGAAGGAGGAAAAAAAAUUGCAGGAUCGCAGACGUCAACAAUUAUUACAAGCUGGGAAUAUCACUAUUCCGGGUCUUUCAAAUAAUGAUUCUGCUGAAAAACCUAAAAAGGUCGUAUACACUAAAAAGAAGUCUUCGAAACCAAAGACAUUUGUUCCCAAUAAACCUCAGUCAGUUGCUAAAACAACUAAAGUGGAGGCUCAAAAUGAUGAUGACGAUGAAGCUUUGGUAGAAGAUUGGGAAAGUAUGGCUCUCGAUGAUGACGAGGAGCCGAAUACCGUUGAGCCUUCAAUCGAUGUUGAGCAAGAUGUCAUCGAGCAAAAUGGUAUCGAAAGUGAUCAUAACGACAGUGAGGAUGCAGAAGAGGAGACCCAAGAUGCUGAGCCUGAGACAAGUGGCAGGGAAGAAGUUGAACCUAAAACGAAGGAAGCUGAAUUGGUAACUACAAAAGAGGUUAAUCCUCAAGUUGAGGAAGAGAAUAAUAUCAGUUCAGUUUCUCAAAAGGCUACUCUGAAAGAAAAGGAAAUGCGCUCACCAAUUUGUUGUAUUCUUGGACAUGUUGAUACUGGUAAGACUAAGCUUUUGGAUAAAAUUCGUCAAACAAACGUUCAAGGUGGUGAAGCCGGUGGUAUCACACAACAGAUUGGAGCAACCUAUUUCCCAGUUGAAUCAAUCAAACAGAAAACUGCUGUUAUGUCACAAUAUGAAAAGCAAUUAUUUGAAGUUCCUGGCUUGUUGAUUAUCGAUACGCCAGGUCACGAAUCUUUCUCAAAUUUAAGAUCCCGUGGUUCUUCGUUAUGUAACAUCGCAAUUUUAGUCAUUGAUAUCAUGCAUGGACUAGAGCAGCAGACUAUUGAGUCUAUCAGGUUAUUGAGAGAAAGGAAGGCGCCAUUUGUUGUAGCGUUGAACAAAAUUGAUAGAUUGUAUGAUUGGAAACCGAUUCCAAAUAACUCAUUCCGUGAUUCGUACUCUAAGCAAAACAAGUCUGUUCAGUCUGAGUUUCAAAAUAGGCUAGAGCAAAUAAAAGUUGCUUUAGCCGAGCAAGGUUUGAAUUCUGAGCUCUACUUUCAAAACAAGAACAUGUCAAAAUACGUCUCAAUAGUUCCAACAUCAGCUGUUACUGGUGAAGGUGUUCCUGACUUGUUAUGGUUGUUGCUUGAAUUAACUCAAAAGAGGAUGUCAAAACAAUUGAUGUAUUUGUCUACCAUAGAAGCUACGAUCUUGGAAGUUAAAGUCGUAGAAGGUUUUGGUUAUACUAUUGAUGUUAUUUUGUCGAACGGAAUUUUAAGAGAAGGUGAUCGUAUUGUAUUGUGUGGCUUGAAUGGUCCAAUUGCAACUAACAUUAGAGCGUUGUUAACUCCUCCGCCAUCUCGUGAAUUGCGUAUCAAAUCAGAAUAUGUACACCUUAAAGAGGUCAAGGCCGCUUUAGGUGUUAAGAUAGCAGCAAAUGAUUUAGAAAAGGCCGUUGCGGGUUCUAGGUUGGUUGUCGUUGGCGAGGAUGAUGAUGAAGAAGAAAUAAUGGAAGAAGUUAUGGAUGAUUUGACAGGUUUGUUAGACUCUGUGGAUAAAUCUGGAAGAGGUGUUUCGGUACAAGCAUCUACUUUAGGUUCCUUAGAGGCAUUAUUAGACUUCUUGAAAGAUAUGAAGAUUCCAGUUAUGUCUAUUGGUUUAGGUCCAGUCUUCAAAAGGGAUGUCAUGAGAGCAACCACCAUGUUAGAUAAGGCUCCUGAAUAUGCUGUGAUGCUUUGUUUUGAUGUCAAAGUUGACAAAGAAGCUCAGCAAUAUGCAGAUGAGCAGAAUAUCAAGAUUUUUAAUGCAGAUAUCAUAUACCACUUAUUUGAUGCAUUCACUGAAUACCAGAAGAAACUCUUGGAAGUCCGUAGGAGAGAUUUCUUGGACUAUGCUGUAUUCCCCUGUGUCUUGAAGACUAUUCAAAUUAUAAACAAGAGAAACCCAAUGAUCAUUGGAGUUGACGUUGUGGAAGGUGCUCUUCGCGUUGGAACUCCUAUAUGUGCUGUUCGCCAAGAUCCAGCUACUAAAGAGCCAAAUGUUAUGGUUUUAGGUAAAGUAGUUUCUUUGGAAGUUAACCAUAAGUCGGUAGAGAUAGUCAAGAAGGGUCAAACUGCUGCUGGUGUGGCCGUAAGAUUGGAGAAUCCUUCAAGUGCUCAACCAACCUGGGGCCGUCAUGUGGACGAGUCCGACAAUUUGUACUCAUUAAUCUCUCGUAAAUCUAUUGAUACAUUGAAAGAUCCUGCUUUCCGUGAUUCUGUGAGCAGAGAUGAUUGGUUGCUAUUAAAGAAAUUAAAACCAAUCUUCGAUAUCAAAUAG